UUUCGCAGAGAGAACAUCAAAACAAUCAACUAAGAAAAACAUAUCACACAAUAUGGCAUUCAAAGGUUAUUUCCUUCUCGGCCUCAUAGCUCUUGUUAUUGUUAGGUCUUCCAAAGUUAUAUGCGAAGAAGCAGCUAAUACAGUUUCACCUAUUAUUGACAUUUCACUCAGUCGGAAGAGCUUCCCAGAAGGGUUCAUAUUUGGGGCGGGAUCUUCCUCUUACCAGUUCGAAGGGGCAGCAAAGGAAGGUGGUAGAGGACCAAGCGUAUGGGAUACCUUCACCCAUAAUUAUCCAGGAAAGAUCAUGGAUAGAAGCAAUGGAGACGUGGCAAUUGACUCAUAUCACAACUACAAGAAAGAUGUUGGGAUGAUGAAGGAUAUGAAUUUGGAUUCAUAUAGAUUUUCCAUUUCUUGGUCAAGAAUUCUCCCAAAAGGAAAGCGAAGUGGAGGCAUAAAUCAAGAAGGAAUCAACUAUUACAACAACCUUAUCAACGAACUAGUGGCUAAUGGUAUACAACCACUUGUGACUCUCUUUCAUUGGGAUCUUCCCCAAGCAUUAGAAGACGAGUAUGGUGGCUUUUUAAGUCCGCGCAUAGUGAAUGAUUUUCGAGACUAUGCGGAACUUUGCUUCAGGGAAUUUGGUGAUAGGGUGAAGUAUUGGGUUACAUUGAAUGAGCCAUGGAGUUACAGCCAAAAUGGCUACGCAAAUGGACGAAUGGCACCAGGUCGUUGUUCUGCAUGGAUGAAUCUGAAUUGCACUGGUGGUGACUCUUCAACGGAGCCUUAUUUGGUUACACAUCACCAACUUCUUGCUCAUGCAGCAACUGCUCGUGUGUACAAGACCAAGUAUCAGGCAUCUCAAAAUGGUGUGAUAGGCAUAACCUUGGUAGCUAAUUGGUUUUUGCCGCUCAGAGAUACCAAAUCUGAUCAAAAGGCUACAGAAAGAGCAAUUGAUUUCAUGUAUGGAUGGUUUAUGGAUCCAUUAACAUCUGGAGACUAUCCAAAAAGCAUGAGAUCACUUGUGAGGACACGAUUGCCAAAAUUUACUGUAGAACAAUCCAAACUACUUAUUGGUUCAUUUGAUUUUAUUGGCCUAAACUAUUACUCUACAACAUAUGCCUCUGAUGCACCUCAGCUAAGCAAUGCUAGGCCUAGCUACUUAACAGAUUCUCUUGUCACUCCUGCAUAUGAACGUGAUGGAAAACCUAUAGGAAUAAAGAUUGCUUCAGACUGGUUAUACGUUUAUCCAAGAGGAAUUAGUGAUCUUUUAUUGUAUACCAAGGAAAAGUACAAUAAUCCUUUGAUUUACAUCACUGAAAAUGGUAUAAAUGAAUAUGAUGAACCAACGCUAUCACUUGAAGAAUCUCUUAUAGAUACCUUCAGAAUUGAUUAUCAUUAUCGUCAUCUCUUUUAUCUUCAAUCAGCAAUUAGGAAUGGCGCAAAUGUUAAAGGAUAUUAUGUAUGGUCUUUGAUUGAUAAUUUUGAGUGGUCUUCGGGCUAUACAUCGCGAUUUGGAAUGAUCUUCGUGGAUUACAAAAAUGAUUUGAAGAGAUACCAAAAAUUGUCUGCACUAUGGUUCAAGGAUUUUCUCAAAAAAGAAACCAAACUUUAUGGCUCCAAUAAAUAGUGUUGUGAACUUUGUUUAUCAAAUAAUUAUAUUUUGUAAAUAAUUAUUUGAUAUAUAUUUGUUAUUCUUUUAUUCUAAAAAGGUCCCAUUGGACUUACAGGGGAAAUAGCUAGAGAUUUAUUAGAUUGUUCUUUUUUUUUUACAAGCUUUUAAAGAGGUCCUAUUGGAUUAGAGGGGCUAUAGAGAUUUAUUUGACCAUUCUUUUAUUCUAAAGAGGUCCUAUUGGACUUAUAAGGGAAAUAGAGAUGCUGAUUAAUUUGGUGAUAAUUGCUACUAAUGUUACAAUAAGAAGGAAAAAAACGUUAUGAUAAAGAUGUCACUAAUUUACAAUU